AUAAAUAAAGGCGCUAGCGGAAGCUAUUUAGGCAGUGUUACUGGCGCUCGUUCGCCGGGUUUGCGUUUGUUCUCGGUGCUUGAGGGAAUGCUGGCUGCCUGACCGCCUGUGCCGCCAACGCCGCGCCCGGGACGCGAAUGAAGAAACUUCUUCUAUUGCUCUUCAACUAUCGGGGACUCGCGAGAGGGGGGGGACGCAAGGGAAAACGUCGCCGAAAAUGGCCGCUUUCCAUAUCCGAGCCGCGCGGCCCGAGGACUGCGCUGAUAUUCUGCGCCUCAUAAAGGAGCUUGCUAAAUACGAAGAUAUGAAAGAUCAAGUAAUACUGACUGAAAAAGAUCUUCUUGAGGAUGGUUUUGGAGAACAUCCUUUCUACCACUGCCUUGUUGCAGAAGUGCCAAAAGAACACUGGACACCUGAAGGUUAUAGUAUUGUGGGCUUUGCCAUGUAUUAUUUUACUUAUGAUCCAUGGAUUGGAAAAUUGCUGUAUCUUGAAGAUUUCUUUGUGAUGAAUGAAUUCAGAGGCUCGGGCAUUGGUUCAGAAAUUCUGAGGAAUCUAAGUCAGAUUGCUGUCAAAUGCCGUUGCAGCAGUAUGCACUUCUUAGUAGCAGAAUGGAAUGAACCUUCCAUUAAAUUUUACAAAAGACGCGGAGCUUCUGAUCUAUCAUCUGAGGAAGGAUGGAGACUCUUCAAAAUAGACAAAGAGUAUUUGAUGAAGAUGGCAACUGAAGAAUAAGUGUUGUCAACCCAAUAACCCAAAUACAAAUUAAACGUGUAAUUUCUCAGUUUGCUAGCCCUGUAUUACUUUUCUUUCAUUUUAAUAUUGAAAUAGUUAAUAUAUAUCUUAAACCUAAAGCUCUAAUAUUAAUAGUGUAGAUGUUACUGUAUUGUGGAGUUCUGAGACUCCAACGUAGCAACAGUUUACUGUCAGUACAUCUCUGAUCCUGAAAUGUCUUAUUUGUAACUUCAUUGUAAGUAUCCUUCAAAUGUGUACAGUGUACACUAUGGUAUUUUUUGUUUUCAAUUAUUUACAUUUAUGAGAAAAUAAAUGUUUUCUUAGUGAUCACAAAUGCUUAUGUCAACUUU